UUGUUUCUUACUGAGAGAAUAAAAUAGUAAUAUUUUAACUGUUCAAGAGCUAGGUCUCUUGUUAUAAGGCUAAGCAGUCCCCACCAAAGUUUCAUCAUAACUCGGAUCGUGAGAGAGGUUUUGUGAAAUUGUUGCAGAGAAUUGGAGAGAAGAUGGGAAGAGCUCCUUGCUGUGACAAGGCAAAUGUGAAGAGAGGACCAUGGUCACCAGAAGAAGACUCAAAGCUGAAGGAGUACAUAGAGAAGCAUGGAACUGGAGGGAAUUGGAUUGCUCUUCCUCAGAAAGCUGGUCUAAGGAGAUGUGGAAAAAGUUGCAGACUUAGAUGGCUUAACUAUCUUAGGCCCAACAUUAAGCACGGCGAAUUCUCCGACGAGGAAGACAGAAUAAUAUGCAGCCUUUAUGCUAAUAUUGGAAGCAGGUGGUCAAUUAUAGCUGCUCAGUUACCAGGGAGGACUGACAAUGAUAUCAAGAACUACUGGAACACCAAGCUGAAGAGGAAACUCAUGGGGUUGCUUCCUGCAUCUCAUCAAAGAAUAGCACCCUAUCAACACUCCUCCUCCCAAAACCCUCCCUCACCAUUUUCUUCUCAGACAUCAAUCUACAGAGACUACUGCAACAACUCUCCUUAUUACAUCCCAGCACCAACCUCCUCGUCUUUCCCAUGCCUUCAACAGAUUUCUGUUCCUUCAAGUAAUUACACAAACACAACCUCAUCUCUUCCCUUUUAUCAGAACCAAGAUCCUACGGUCGGUGUCAGUCCCAUGCAGUAUUACCCCACCACAGACAGCUCCAUGCUUGUGUUUGGAAGUGAAACAAGCUGCAGUUCCUCUGAUGGGAGCUGCAGCCAGGUGAGCCUGGGGAGAGAGAUAAAACAAGAAGAAAUGGGAUUUCAGAAUUUGAUGUUCGGAGAUCAGCACAUGCAGAUGAACAAGUUGAUGCUGAGUCAAGGAAACAUGAAUCAUGAUGGAGGUGAAGAGUAUGUGAAGCAUUGGACAGAGAAGCCAAAUGGGUGUGUGUUCCAGACGCAAGAAACAGCACUGGAUUAUGAUCUUGAGGUUAUUAAGCAACUGAUUAGUAGUAACAGUAGCAGUAAUAAUAGUAAUAAUGGGUAUUUUAGUAUUGAUGAAAACAAGACGGAGAAGGGAGUGUACUACAACUACUGAAGUGACUGACACUAGUGGAAGUGAAAUCAGAGAGAUAUGAUCAGUGAGAGGCAUGGGAGUAGGGAAGAUUCAGAAAAGACUUUGAGGCUGUGUUGUGGAGUUCUGUGUUCUUUAAUGAAAUGAGAUAAUUCUUAUUUUGACAGUACAUGGUAAAAUACAUGGUAAAAGCUUCUUUAUAUUUUGUGUAUAUCCUCUUGGAACUGAACUCAAGUGAUGAUUUGAUGACGAUGAUGUUAGGUUUUUGUAA